UAUAAAUGUGUGUAGGAGUGUGUUUUUAUUUCAUUCCAGCGAAAACUAAGCAUCACAAAUUUAUCUCUCUCCCUGGUUCAACUAACGAAUUGCAGAGAGAUAAAACAUGAGUAUUGAAAGCAAUGGAAAGCUUACACACAAGAAGAUGAAGUUUGUUCCUGAAAUUAAGUUCACUAAGCUCUUCAUCAAUGGACAGUUCGUUGAUUCCAUCUCAGGUAAAACUUUUGAGACUAUAGACCCAAGAACAGGGGAUGUGAUUACAGAGGUUGCACAAGGGAUCAAAGAAGAUGUCGAUUUGGCUGUCGAGGCUGCCCGUGAUGCAUUCGACAAUGGACCAUGGCCUCGUCUGCCGGGAACUCAAAGGAGAAGCAUUUUGAUGAAACUAGCCGACUUAAUCGAUGAAAAUGCAGAAGAGUUGGCUGCAUUGGAUGCAAUUGACGGAGGAAAACUGUUUCAUGAUGGCAAGAAUAUUGACAUUCCCAGUGCAGCAGAAACCUUCCGCUAUUAUGCAGGUGCUGCAGAUAAAAUUCAUGGAGACACAUUGAAAAUGUCGAGGGAGUUUCAAGCAUACACAUUGCGUGAGCCCAUUGGCGUUGUCGGGCACAUCACUCCUUGGAACUUCCCGAGUAUGAUGUUUGCAAUGAAAGUUGGUCCAGCAUUAGCUGCUGGCUGCACCAUGAUUGUCAAGCCCGCAGAGCAGACACCCCUCUCAGCUUUGUACUAUGCUCAUUUGACGAAGCUGGCCGGCAUUCCAGAUGGAGUGGUCAAUGUUGUAACAGGUUACGGGCCUAUAGCUGGAGCUGCUAUUAGUUCUCAUAUGGACAUUGAUAAGGUAAGUUUCACAGGAUCGACAGAAGUGGGGCGUUUAAUAAUGAAGGAUGCAGCAGUGAGCAACUUGAAACAAGUCUCGCUUGAACUAGGGGGCAAGUCUCCUAUUAUAAUAUUUGAUGAUGCAGAUUUUGAUAAAGCCGUGGAUCUUGCUUUAAUAGGAAGUCUAUAUAAUAAGGGAGAAAUUUGUGUGGCUGGUUCCCGUGUCUUUGUUCAGGAAGGCAUUUAUGAUAAAUUUGUGAAGAAGUUGGAAGAGAAAGUCAGGUCAUGGGUAGUCGGGGAUCCGUUUGAUGCAGAUUCCCAGCAAGGACCUCAAGUUGAGAAAAAACAGUUUGAGAAAAUACUUUCAUACAUUGAGCAUGGCAAGAGGGAAGGUGCCACUUUGUUAGCUGGUGGGAAGCGCUUUGGCGAAAAAGGAUAUUAUAUUGAGCCAACUAUAUUUACUGAUGUCAAGGAUGAUAUGAUCAUAGCAAAAGAGGAAAUAUUCGGUCCUGUCAUGUCAGUUCUGAAGUUCAAGACCAUGGAUGAGGUGAUUAGAAGAGCUAAUGCUACAAAAUAUGGCCUGGCAGCAGGUGUUAUCACUGAGAAUCUGAACAUUGCCAACACCGUGUCAAGAUCAAUUCGAGCAGGAGCCAUCUGGAUAAACUGUUAUUUUGCUUUCGACAGAGAUUCUCCUUAUGGAGGGUAUAAAAUGAGUGGAUUUGGAAGAGAUAUGGGAAUGGACGGACUCGAUAAAUAUCUCCAUGUCAAAAGUGUUGCCACUCCCAUAUAUAAUACACCUUGGCUGUGAUAUUAAGCACUACGUUGCUGGUGAUUAAUAUAGCUUUGAUCAUGUAUAAUGAUAAGCAGAACUCGUACUUUAAGAACUAGUUCAUACCAUUCUCUAUUUCUUUCCCUUGUACUUUCUCAACGAACUUGCUUACUAGUAAAGGCUUGGAGGAUUUUAUAAUGUA